UUGGAAGGUUUCUUGUGAAUUCGAACCAAUUUGGUUCUUUUCUUCUCUCUAUCGUCUUCUUCCUCUGUUCCAUUAGGGUUUCCUUUUCUCCCUCGGAGCUUCCAAUUGAAAUCCAAUUCCUCAAUACCUCCACACUUUCUCGUUCGGAAAGCUCGCGAAUUCGAAAGACAUCGACGGCUCCACGUGAUACGUUUUCUUCCUCUCUGGUUAUCAAUGUUGGCUACUAGUGCAGUUGCAUCUUUGCCCGUAUUACCACCAGUGAGAAGAGGUGGCCACCACAUUGAACAGAAUGUUGUUUCCACAUUGAGCUUUCCAAGACGAUUACUGACAACUAAUAAUUCAAUACCUCUGAGUGGUACACAGUUUCCAUUUGGCAGAAGAGCUCAUUCUACUCACACAGCAACUAUAAUAUGUGCUGCAGCUUUGAAUGCAAGAUGUGGUGCAGAGCAAACCCAAACCGUUACUCGCCAGGCUCCUACAAUUACUCAUGUUCCUGGCAAGGAGAAGUCGCCACAACUUGACGAUGGUGGAACUGGAUUUCCACCUCGUGAUGAUGAUGAUGGCGGUGGUGGAGGAGGUGGAGGCGGAGGCAACUGGUCUGGUGGAUUCUUCUUUUUUGGGUUUCUUGCUUUUCUUGGCUUCUUAAAGGAUAAGGAAACUGAUGACACAUACAGGGAUGACCGAAGAAGGUGAAAGCAUUGGCCACCACAGAUGCAUGCUUUUGCUUGGAGUAUUUUUUCUGCUUUAUUUGUUGAUUUCCUCUCUCAUAUAUGCAUACCGUAGAUUACAUUGGUCAACUGAGGUUCUGUGCUUGCUUAUGAUCAUGUAAUGCGCAGAAUUUUGUAUGUUACAAAUUAAAUCCCACUUGAAACUUUAGUAUGGAAGGAAAUACCGUGAUAAUUAGUAUCAAAUUACAUCGGUAUAGUAGUUAUGCUUUUUGACUUGGAUGGUACAAAUUAGCAUGAUACUUAGAUGGAGUUUUCAUCUGUUACCUUUUCUUGAGAGGAGCACUGUGAUAGCAUACACUAGGAAAUACUCUUUACCUGGUUAAUCUUAGUUGAAUAUUAUUUCGUGACAA